UUCGAGAAGAGCCCUAAAACUGUCAUCUUGAUCAGUGAUCACUCAUAUCCCGACGGCUAACCCUAAACCCUUCCCCGAGCCCGAGCGAAGCUUCUCUCCAUCUCUCCUCUCCUUUCUUCGAUCCGCCGCUAAAUCUCGGCUGCCCCGCGUCGAUCGAGCUCGGAGGCCGUGGAUUCCCGCUUCUUCUCCUCACCAAUCGCCACAUUCGUAUUAGGAUGCGGCUGCGUACGACCUUCAAAUGUCUUCGGCAUUCUGUCGAACUGUCCAAAAGAAGUGUAAUAUCACCCCCGCAUCGCCUCUUGAGUGAUGUUGUGGCCGGAGAGGCCAGCUCGAAGCCGAAAAGAUACAAAUACCCGGCGGUCUAUGACCCAUUUGGGCCGAGACCUCCUCCAUCCGAUAAAGUCUUGCAGCUUGCUGAUCGAAUCGUGGCCCUCCCCCCUGAAGAGCUGAAACAGAUUGGUCCCACCCUCCUGGAGCGGCUGAAUCAACCCAAGCUGCAGCCAAUAUCGGCUCAAGGUUUCAGUUUCGGCCCGCAGACAGGUGCCGCUCCAGCAAAAGCCGAGGAGAAGAAAGUGGAGAAGACGGCGUUCGAUGUCAAAUUGGAGAAGUUUGAUGCUGCUGCGAAGAUCAAGGUGAUCAAGGAGGUCAGGACGUUUACCAAUCUCGGCCUGAAGGAGGCUAAGGAUCUAGUAGAGAAGGCACCGGUUAUGCUGAAGCAAGGGGUCACUAAGGACGAGGCUAACGAGAUAAUAGAGAAAAUAAAAGCUGCUGGUGGUGUUGCUGUAAUGGAGUGAAAUGGGCUCGGUCUCAGAGUUUUAUUAUGAAUGCGCAAUUCCAUUCUUUUGCUAGUGAAAUGUGCUUCCAAAUGAUGGCUCAGAACAUUUUGUCCUGGGUGAGCAUGUGUGACUCGAGAUCUUGUUUGAGAUCUUGUAUUCAUUGUUAUUACUGAGACUGGCUGCUGGUGAAGCUUCAUCAGUCAAUAAGAGCACAAGGAGAUACUUUUGAUGAUCAA